CGUCGGAGGGUUUUUCCGGCCACACACCGCCGGGCAGCUCACCAUUAUUUGCUCGCAGGUGAUCGGACAUAAACGGAGCUUGGAAGAAAGGAGUACGGGCUUGCCGGAAUAUUUGCUCCCCGUACAACGCCACAACAUUUUGUGUAGUAGAUUGAGGUUUCUGUGUUGGUGUCCUAUUGUUAGUGUUGCGUUGAAGGGUUGGUUUUUGUUGUUGGUGUCCUAUUGCUAGCUUCCUUUGUCUGCUGCUGCAGUGUGCUGGCGUGCAACAUGUGUUGUUUUUUUUGGAGUUUGCUGCUGUUGGUUUUUCUUAGGUUCAGCUGGAGCUGGUCUCAAAAGGCUGUUACUAGUUGUGUGUAGCUGUUGUUUGGGCUGUCAUGCUGUUUUGUGACUCUGGUUUUUUAUUUUAUUUUUUUCUGGUUGGGUUCUGCUUUCUCAUGUGGGCUGUACAUGGUGUCCUUGUUUGUAAAUGGGUUACUUUCCUAUUUUAGUUUCUUAGUCAUGUGGCUUUCUAUGGUUUAUGUUCAGGUUUUUUUUAUGGUUAUUGCUGUCUUUUCUUAUUUUUUAGUUUUUUUUAUGGUUUUUUUGUAUUCUUUUGUCUUUUAUAUUAUGACUUAUUCACCCAAAAAACAAAAUAUACAUAUUUGUCAAAAUAUUACAUGUUUUACGAUGUUAUAGCCUAGUGGUUUACGUAUCUAUGGAUUUUUCUUCUCAUUUUACUUUAUGACUAAGUUUGAUUUAUGCAGGUUAAAGAAGCAGGUACUAGCGUCAUUUGCCAAGUCAGGAUGCAAAAACUCGCAAAAGAGUUUGGGGUAGUGAUACCAGUUAGCUUCUUUGAAGAAGCAAACAAUGCCCAUUACAAUUCAGUAGCCAUAAUUGAUCCUGACGGCACAGAUCUUGGACUCUAUAGAAAGUCCCAUAUUCCAGAUGGACCAGGUUACCAGGAGAAGUUUUACUUUAAUUCAGGAGACACUGGCUUUAAGGUUUUUCAAACUAAAUUUACAAAAGUUGGAGUUGUAAUUUGCUGGGAUCAGUGGUUUCCAGAGGCAGCCCAAGCUAUGGUUCUCCAAGGUGCAAAAAUAUUAUUUUAUCCUACUGCUAUUGGAUUUGAACCUCAAGAUACAAGACUUGAUUCUCGUGAUCACUGGACGCGAGUGAUGCAAGGGCAUGCUGGGGCCAAUUUGGUACCUCUAGUUGCUUCAAAUCGCAUUGGGAAGGAGAUCAUCAAGACUAAGCAUGGAAACAGUGAGAUCAUAUUCUAUUGCAACUCUUUUAUAGCAAGACCCACUGGAGAAAUUGUUGUGUCUGCUGAUGAUAAAGACGGAGCUGUUCUUGUAGCCCAAUUUGAUCUUUGACAAGAUCAAAUCCAAGAGACAUAGUUGGGGAGUAUUUUGUGAUCGGCGUCCAGAUUUAUACAAGUUGCAUGACGCAAAUGAAACUGGAAAUGUGGGAUCCUUGGACAAUGCCAAAUGCAAAUUGUUGAAUUGGGAUGGAACAAAAGUGGUGGUUGCGGAAGGCACAAUUGCAUCAACAAAUUCUAAAACAUUGGUACAUCACGUGCCUCUUGGUCCUGGGUGUUGGAAAGUAUGGGUUAAUUAUGUCAUAGUCAAUGCACCAUUGUUUCACCCUAAUCAUGAGAUAUUUGUGCUUGAGGAUGCUAUUGGAAGCACCGUUGCUUGGCCAACCCAUUUCAUUGGCUUUGACUUUAGAACUAACAUCUAUGGAUAGUUUUUGAGGACUUUAAUGAAUAAAUUUCUAUGAUUUUCGAAUAGUUUUGGGUAAUGUUUACAAACUUAUAUAUGCACAGUUUUGGAUGGUUUAUAACUUUUUUGAUAAUUUAGAAUUUAAGGAUAGUCCUUUUGGAUGUUUUUGAACUUGCAGUUAGGUUUUGGAUUUUUGGAAUGUAUAUAUUGGCAAUUUUUGAA